AGAAUGAAGUUAAGCCAUGACUUUGAAAUCCAGUUGUAAGGACAUUGAAAUGAACUCUUCACUGAAUUCUUCUAACUCGGACGACUUUAUUGAUGAACUGAACUGGACAUCUGAAUUCGCUACACCAGGGAAAUAUGACGGUAACGACAGCGUUUUGAACAUGAGUAUCGACUCACCUAGCCUUAUCAGCCCAUGUACUCCGCCAAGCUCCAAAAACCUCACCAGAACUGGCUCCCUCAAACUAUUUGAAACCCCCUGCACUCCAUCAACACUGCUCAGAAAAGCCUCACAGAGUUCCAACUCUUCCAAUGAGAAUAGGUCCCCAAAUCUAUUGGGAACAACCUGUUCUGGUAUAAAAGCACACUAUCAGACGAGACGCCGUUCUACCAGACUAGGUGCCCUAAAGUGCUCUCGAAACACGCCCUCUCCCAUACAUGAACCUGUCACCAACCCUUUCCAGUCAAGUACUCCGGUUCACGAAGAAACCCGCAGCAUCCUUCAGUCUUCAGAAAAAAAGAGAAGGAAACUCCAACAUGACGAGGAUUUGAAUGAUAUCAAAGUUUCACUGUUCACGAAACUGAGACAGCCUUCAAGGGUCAAACCGAUGCGACAAACGAAGAUGACCCUGGACCUGAAUCAGUCACGAUAUCGCAACGAGUUUACAGAAAUGGGUCUACUGGGAAAGGGAGAGUUUGGAGAGGUUUACAAGUGUCAGAACAGGAUUGACAGGUGUUACUAUGCUCUCAAACGUCUCAAGAAACCAAUCGCUGGUUCUAUCAAGGAAACUGCAGCACUACGUGAGGUCUACGCACACGCUGUGCUAGGUAAACACCACCACAUCCUACAAUACUACAGUGCCUGGGCUGAGGAUAAACACAUGAUUAUACAGAACGAGUACUGUAACGGGGGCAGUUUGAGUGAUAUGAUCACCCAGUAUAGCAGCAAUGGGAAGAUGGUUCCAGAGAGAGACUUGAAACAGAUCAUGGUACAGGUUGCUAAGGGAUUGUGCUUUAUGCAUUCUACAGAUCUGGCUCAUUUGGAUAUAAAACCUGGCAACAUCUUCAUAUCUCACAGAGAAGUGACAGAUGAUGAGAACAGAAAAGGAACCUCCUACAAGAUAGGCGACCUGGGAAUGGUCACCAAAAUAUCUGAUCCACAAGUUGAAGAGGGUGAUGUUAGAUACCUUCCUAAAGAACUCAUUGACGAUGAUCACAGCGACCUGGCUAAAGCUGAUGUUUUCUCACUAUCGCUCACCGUGUACGAAGUGGCGAGUUUGAUGAAGUUACCGAAAAAUGGCGCAAGAUGGCACAGAAUUAGAGAUGGUUACCUAGACCCUGUCGACGGCACCUCUGAGGAACUACACAACCUACUUCUCAAGAUGAUCAGUCCUGUUCCGUCAGACAGACCAAGUCCUUCAGUUAUACUGAAAGAAAAGUUCUUGUUGGGCGUGGAAAAGGAGAAGAUCGAUGAUCUAAAAAGAAAGUUAAACGAGGAGAAAAUUGAGAACCAAAGAUUGCUACGGGAGCUUGCGAAGGCAAAGGAUUCGCCAUUAAUGAAUAUGACAUCUAGAAGACUAGUUGGAAAACAGAUGAACCGAAGAAAACGCUACUCUACCAAUAGCUGGUGAAGGAAUAACCGUACAUAAUAAUUUCAUGGGCUCAGAUUUCUGGAGCUGGACAAAGUAUUGGAGAUCCUAUUGAAUUGAGACAACGAACUCUGGUUGAGACUUUGAAACCGUUUUAAUUUGUUUUUAUCUUUGAAAAUCAUCGAGAAUUCUUUGUUUUUAAUGAAGAAUCCUUUAUUCAUGUUAAGAGAUAACGAUGUAGUUUUGUAGGGACAGCCAACUAUUUAUUUGUGGUACGCUAACUUUUUAACCACCAAUUUGAAGAUAGGAACGUUCAGCAUACAUUUGCGUGGCAUCGUUGAUUGCUGGCAAAUUUGAUUACAAAAUACCUUUCAGUUGAGGGAGAAUUUCCUGUUGUUUGUUGUGAAUCCAAUGUUUUACCAAGUUUUUUUUUUUCAUACUCCGUUGUGGCUUGAAGAGCGAUCGGACAUUUUUAAAGAUAAUUUUGCUUAAAGGCAAAUAUUGACAAAUUUCGUGAAUUUGUACAAUGUACUUGCAAUUUUAGAUAAGUUCUUUAUUUUACUUUUGCAUUGUCAAA